UUUUUUAAAAUGCACUGUGACCUAUAUUAUUAACAUAAUAAUAUUAUGUGCAUAAUUAGGAGACGAGUUGCACUGGUCGUUUACUAGUGACAGUUCGGUGAACGGAUGGGGUUGGAAAUUCACAGUCUAUCCUGUGAUGUCGAACCAAAGCCCAAAAGAAUUGGGAUCUGACCGCGCCGUACUCAGUCAGCCAUCUAUGGACAUGGUUAUUUGCCUCUUGGACUCCCAACUGUAUACUUCGGCUGAUAGUGCUUUAAUGUCACGGUUGGCAGCUGCUCUUGCCACUUGUUCACAAAUAAGCUUCCUAACAUCAUCGCAAAGAAUGUGGUCUCUGCAACGGCUCCACUGGUUAUUGACACCCGGACACGAUAAAAAAUCCGGAAUAGGCUUUCAUUUGCAGCAACUACGUGCGCCUGAUGGUGCACUACGAAACUUACUCGAAGAAUUACCACAAGCAUUAUUACGGCAGUAUGAAUAUGAGGAGGUUUCAGUACGUGCAGGAUUGCAUCUCAUGCAUUCGGAUUUUUUUAAGGUGUUAAUUGCAUUGGCGUGUGACUUGGAGUUGGACAAAAUAGUAGGCAUUGUUGAUAAUCACAAGUGGUCCUGGUUUAGAAGGUACUGCCACGCUGCCAGGGUUGCCAAGGCGUUAAUACAUCGAAGUGCUUUACCUCAGAAUUUUUGCCAGGAAGUUAGAAAAAAGCUAGCUGCUAUUACGCCCGAUGGUACCACCGAGGUAUGGGAGCACGAAAAGCACGAUCUGUUCAAACGGGAACAGGAUGAGCAGCUGCUGGUUUGGCUGAACAGACGCCCAGAAGAUUGGACGCUGUCGUGGGGAGGCUCGGGAACUAUAUACGGUUGGGGUCAUAACCAUCGUGGUCAGUUGGGUGGUAUUGAAGGGGGUAAAGUAAAAGUUCCCACGGUGUGUGAGGCUUUAUCCAGCUUGCGACCCGUUCAAAUUGUUGGCGGGGAGCAAACACUAACCGCUGUUACAGCAGAUGGAAAAGUGUAUGCAACCGGUUAUGGAGCCGGUGGUCGUUUGGGAAUUGGAGGAACUGAUUCCGUAUCAGUCCCUACUUUGGUUGAGCCGAUACAGCACAUUUUUAUUAAGAAAGUUGCAGUGAAUUCCGGUGGUAAACAUUGUUUAGCAUUGACCGCUGAUAAUGAUGUUUAUUCUUGGGGUGAAGGAGACGAUGGCAAGUUAGGUCAUGGCAGCAGAAAUGGAUGUGAACGUCCGAAAGUUGUAGAGGCACUGCAAGGUUAUGAAAUUAUUGAUAUUGCAUGUGGUGGAGCUCAUUCUGCAGCUAUUACAAGCUCUGGACAGCUAUUUACAUGGGGUAAAGGACGGUAUGGCAGAUUAGGUCAUGGCGAUAGCGAAGAUCAAUUAAAACCCAAGCUUAUUGAAGCAUUGCUGGGAUAUCGAGUUACAGACGUUGCGUGCGGUUCUGGAGAUGCGCAAACGUUGUGUAUCACAGACGACGAUAAUGUGUGGUCUUGGGGAGACGGUGACUACGGUAAAUUAGGUCGUGGUGGUUCAGACGGUUGCAAAGUUCCCAUGAAAAUUGAAAGUCUAGCGGGCUUAGGAGUUAUCAAGGUCGAGUGUGGUUCGCAAUUUUCAGUUGCUUUAACUCGUUCCGGUAGUAUUUACACUUGGGGAAAGGGUGAUUAUCAUAGACUCGGACAUGGAACCGAUGAUCACGUGAGAAGACCUAAGAAGGUGGCUGCCUUGCAAGGCAAGCGAAUAAUUAGUAUCGCAACAGGGUCUUUGCAUUGUGUGGCUUGCUCGGAUGAAGGAGAAGUAUUCACUUGGGGUGACAAUGAUGAAGGACAACUGGGAGAUGGCACUACAAAUGCAAUUCAGCGUCCUCGUUUGGUUACGGUCUUGCAAGGAAAGAAAAUAACCAAUGUUGCCUGUGGUUCCGCACACACUUUAGCUUGGUCGAUAAACAACGCGAACUCGUGCUCUCAUCUGCCCGCGCAAGCGCCACUUGAGUAUGACUUACUGCGCGACGUAUCCAUGCUUGUACUACAUCGACGAUUGAUUUUGCUUCAUCACUUUGCCGAAUUAAUAUGUCCGUGCAUUGCCAUGUUUCCAAUUACGGGCGCCGGAUCUCUUUCAGAAUUACGCAACAUACUUGUCUAUUCCAUCAAAGAAGCCACAUUCCGAAAGGUCAUCCAAUCAACAAUGGUUCGUGAUAAACAGCAUGGACCCGUUAUUGAAUUAAACAGAAUACAAGUCAAACGGGCUCGAAAAGGAGGCGGUUUGGCCGGCAUCGAUGGGAUGAAGUCUGUAUUUGGACAGAUGGUUUCAAAAUUACCAUUGCUUACCUCGGAAGCACUGGCCUUACCUCAUCGUGUGUGGAAAGUUAAAUUUAUCGGUGAAAGUGUGGAUGACUGUGGCGGGGGUUACAGUGAAAGUAUUGCCGAAAUGUGUGACGAACUACAAAAUGGUUCACUUCCGUUAUUAAUUCCCACACCAAACGGUCGAGACGAGGCGGGCACUAAUCGUGACUGCUUUUUACUAAAUCCCACUGCUAAAACAUGUCUGCACCUGAACAUGUUUCGAUUUCUAGGAGUGUUAAUGGGUAUUGCCAUUCGGACCGGAUCACCAUUAAGCAUCAACUUGGCAGAACCGAUGUGGAAACUUUUAGCAGGAAUGGAAUUGACCCCCGGCGAUUUAACCGAAAUGGAUAGAGAUUAUGUGCCGGGAUUGUUAUGCAUUCGUGACAUGACAUCGGACGAACGUCUUUUUCAAAAUUUGGAAAUGCCAUUCUCUACACCCUCUUCGUGCGGUACAGACGUUCCUCUUAGUUCUAAGUACAAGAGGAUCACUCACGAAAAUCGAUUGGAAUAUGUCCGUCUCGCUUUGAAUUUCAGAUUGCACGAAUUUGACGAACAGGUAAAAGCGGUACGUGACGGUUUAUCUCGUGUCAUUCCUGUUCCACUAUUGUCAUUGUUUAAUGCCUAUGAAUUAGAAACGAUGGUGUGUGGUUCACCCGACAUACCACUUGCUUUAUUAAAGUCAGUUGCCACAUAUAAAGGCGUAGAUAGUAGCGCCCCCUUAGUGCAAUGGUUUUGGGAAGUUAUGGAAGAAUUUUCUAACCAAGAAAGAUCUUUAUUUCUAAGAUUCGUCUGGGGACGUACUCGUUUACCGCGCACUAUUGCCGAUUUUAGGGGCCGCGAUUUUGUUAUUCAAGUAUUGGAUAAGUAUAGCCCGCCCGAUCAUUUCCUACCCGAAAGCUACACUUGCUUUUUUCUGUUAAAGAUGCCUAGAUAUUCUUGCAAAAUUGUACUGCAAGAAAAAUUGAAAUAUGCCAUCCAUUUUUGCAAAUCGAUCGAUACCGAUGAGUACGCAAGAGUGGCAAUGGCCGGUGAUAUUGCUGUUAGUUCAAGCUCUGAUGCUGAAAGUGAUCCGGAAAUGGAUAGCAUUGCUAGUCACGAACCGUUAUAAUUUGCCGUCCAGAUUAUCUUCUCAUUUAUUUAUUUUUAUAUAAUGUACAUAUUUAUGUUAUGCCAAUUUAUUUCAGUGCAACUUCAAGUCAAUUUUGAUAGUAAAUUCAUAUUUAACAAAAUAUUCUUUUUUUUUAAAUUU